UUGUAAUAAGGUGAUGAAAGGAACAAUGAAGUAUCUUGCCGGAAUUGCAGGUCCAAGUGGUUAUGGCUCCAAAUCCACCGCAGAACAAGUCACCGCCGACUUCUCUUCUUUCUCAUAUUCUCCGUUAUUGUCGCCACCGCCGCCACUAUCACCUUCUCAUCACCACCACCACCACCCUAUCACCGCCAUUGUCACUGGUGGUACAUCGGGGAUUGGAGCCGAGACAGCGAGAGUUUUGGCUAAAAGAGGAGUAAGAGUUGUAAUUCCAGCUAGAAAUAUGAAGAAAGCAGUUCAAGUUAGAGACAGAAUUCUCAAUGAAAAUCCUCAAGCUCAAAUUCUACUAUUGAAAAUUGAUCUAAGCUCUUUGGCUUCUGUUCAUACAUUUUCUUCUCAUUUCCUCUCUUUAAAUUUACCUCUUAAUAUACUCAUAAACAAUGCUGGGAAAUUCUCACAGAAAUUGGAGCUAUCAGAGGACAAGAUUGAGAUGACAAUUGCUACUAAUUAUUUGGGUCAUUUUGUUUUAACAGAAUUAUUAUUAGAAAAAAUGGUGGAAACAGCAGAAAAGAGUGGUAUUGAAGGAAGAAUUAUAAAUGUUUCUUCUGUAAUUCAUACAUGGGUCAAUCCACUUCAUUUCUCCAUCUCCAAUAUGCUCAAUCCCCCUACACUAAGACAUAACUACAAUGGCACUCGCGCUUACGCCCAAUCUAAGUUGGCUAACAUAUUGCACGCCAAGGAAUUAUCCCGACAGCUUAAGGAAAGGAAUGCUAGAGUAACAAUAAAUGCAGUUCAUCCAGGGAUUGUAAAGACUGCCAUUAUAAGGGACCACAAAGGCUUCAUUACAGAUUCUUUAUAUUUUCUCGCCUCAAAGCUUCUCAAAUCAAUUCCACAGGGUGCAUCAACUACCUGCUAUGUAGCAGUAAGCAAGAACACAGAAGGGAUGAGUGGAAAAUACUUUGCAGACUGCAAUGAAAGUAAUUGUUCAACCCUAGCAAAUGAUGAAGCUUUAGCCAAACUGCUCUUCGACAACACUCAAGCACUUCUCCACAGACGAUUACGCCACCCACCCCUCUAAUAUUUUCAUUAUAAUUUGUAAAAGAACUCAUACAUGUAGUUAAUAAGUUCACAAACACAGUUUCCGUAAAAGAAAAAUCAUAUAAUAAUCUUCAAUUGAAACCCUUUCGAUUCA